AUGGCUCCUGAAUUCCCUACCAAGAAGUGCGGUGUCCUCGGUGCCACUGGCUCCGUCGGGCAGCGCUUCAUCCUCCUCCUCGCCCAGCACCCUCAUCUCACCCUCCACGCCAUCGGCGCCUCAUCCCGCUCCGCGGGCAAGAAGUACAAGGAUGCCGUGCGGUGGAAGCAGGCCGCCCCCAUGGGCGACGUCGCCGAGAUGGUGGUGAGGGAGUGCAAGGCGGAUCAAUUCAAGGACUGUGACGUUGUCUUUAGCGGUCUUGACUCGGACGUCGCCGGCGACAUUGAGCUCGAGUUCAUCCAGGCCGACAUCCCCGUCUUCUCCAAUGCCAAAAACUACCGCCGCGAUCCCCUCGUCCCUCUCGUCGUUCCCACCGUCAACCUCCCUCACCUCGACCUCAUCCCUCACCAGCGCUCCGUCCGCAAGCUCAACAAGGGCUUCCUCGUCUGCAACUCCAACUGCGCCGUCAUCGGCCUCGUCAUCCCCUUUGCUGCCCUCCAGGCCGCCUUCGGUCCCAUCUCCACCGUCUCCAUCGUCACCAUGCAGGCCGUCUCUGGUGCUGGCUACCCCGGCGUCUCUAGCAUGGACAUCAUUGACAACGUCGUGCCCUUCAUCUCGGGCGAGGAGGAUAAGCUCGAGACCGAAGCCCGCAAGAUCCUGGGCCGCCUCGACGAGUCUGGUACCGCCUUUGUCGAGCAGGACGGCCUCCGUGUCUCGGCCACCUGCAACCGCGUUCCCGUCAUGGAUGGCCACACGGCCUGCGUGAGCCUGAGCUUCGAGCGCAAGCCUGCCCCCUCAGCCGACGAGGUCCGUGAGGCCCUCCGCAACUACACCUGCGAGGCCCAGACCCUGGGCUGCCCCUCGGCCCCCGAGCCCGCCAUCAAGGUCUUUGGCGAUGACCAGCCCGACCGGCCUCAGCCCCGUCUCGACCGCGACCUCGGCCGUGGCUACACUGUGAGCGUUGGCCGUGUGCGCCAGGAUGAGGCAGGUAUCUUUGACAUUAAGUUUACUGCCCUGAGCCACAACACUGUCAUUGGUGCCGCUGGUUCGUCGAUACUGAAUGCCGAGGCCGCCAUCCUCAAGGGCUACAUCUAG